AUGGAUGAUGUUGUAGGAUUCGGUUUCCGUCCCACAGAAGAAGAACUUGUGGACUAUUACCUCAGACAUAGGUUGCUCGGUGAUGAUCCACAAGUCCACGUCAUCCCCGACAUUGACCUUUGUCAAGGGGAACCUUGGGACGUGCCAAUGUUAUUCGGGGAAUCAAAUGUACAAUUUGAUUUCCCAGAAUGGUUUUUCUUUAGUCCCGUUGAUUUCAAGUAUUCAAAUAGUAAAAGGAUUAACCGGACAACCAAGUGUGGCUUCUGGAAACCCACCGGAAAAGAUCGUGAGAUUAGAAGCUCCGACUCCAACACUCUCAUUGCCACAAAGAAGACUCUUGUUUACUACAAAGGUCGCGUUUCACGUGGUCAGAAAUCCAACUGGGUUAUUCACGAAUACCAUGCUGUCACCUUUCACCAAAGCCAGAGGACUUUUGUUUUGUGUCGUCUGAUGAAGAAACCUGGGGGAACAACUGAAGGUGGGGGUGAUGAAGGGGAGAGCAGUAGAAUCAUGGUUUCUGGCUAUCACAAUCACUCAAUAGGAACCACCUUUCAGCAAGACCAAACGUCUUUUCCAAACCCCUCAUUUUACGAUGCCCAUUUUAGAAAUGAAUCUAACAUUAAGCACAAUUCAUAUGACGAUACCCAGGAAGAGGAAUUCGUGAAUUCUUUUUUUGUUCAGGACAAUUAUGUUAACAAUGAACAAGGUACAAAUACCUACUUCAAUACUUUCACCCAAUCGGAGUCAUUGAGAAAGGUAUACGAUACAGAUGCUGAGGCCGUCUCUGAACAGGGUGAUAAUAUUAUGGAUAUUCCAACAGUGUUUACUAGAUAUCUUAACUUAGACGAAUACCAUUCAUCAAAAGGGUUUGAUUCUGAAUUAUCAAACGUUGAUGUCCAUGACGGUGCUGGGAAGGAUUUUCUGUUUGUGAAUCAGAAGAAAAAUAGUUGA